AUGGCUCUCUUCAUCUACUGCUUUGCUGUGCUCAUUCUCAAUGCUGCGCUCGGCGCUCCUUUGAACAUUCUGGAUCUCACCCAGCCUCACGAGGCCAUCGUGACGACGACGACGACCGAACAUGAUCAUGAUUCGAAAUAUCUCAGCAUUCUCGGCAAAGAUCGACCUGCGAGUCUGCCCUACUCGUGUCGAUAUUCUUACACUGUCAGCGGAAUCUACAACGGCCGACCUGUCACGAUCGAUCGACCUGCUCACUAUACCGAGUUUGAUCUGAUCAACCGAAGUGACGACCAGUUUUACGCGAGCUUUGUGAGACCGUCCGGAAUCUAUAGGCACCACGUUGGCUGGAUGGGAGUCGUAGACCAAGCUAGAUUCCAGUGUGACCGUAGAAUAGACCGACCGAUCCGACUUUCAAUUUGCUGCCUUGCCACCGCAACAUUGCACUUCCGGGCUUCGCGUGACAAGGGUAAGCUCUCGGCAGCUGGCAAGACGCUCAGCGUCACGCUAGAUUGUGGCGGAACUUACGCGUACAUGGGCGAGGACUGCUCCGGCGAGCUGUAUCGAGAAGGUCUGGUUGAUAUGAGCAAAUCAGCUCGCUAUAAUGCACACUAG